CGCGACAAGAUGGCGACCCUGCCGGGCGGGAUUCAAGGACUGUACCCCGAGGCUCUGAGCCCCGAGCAGCUGGAGAAGUUGCGCGGCUUCAAGAUUCAGACUCGGAUUACUAAUGAAAAGUACCUAAGGACCCACAAAGAAGUGGAGUUGCUCAUAAGUGGUUUCUUCAGAGAAAUGUUUUUGAAAAGACCAGACAACAUUCAAGAAUUUGCUGCAGACUAUUUCACGGAUCCAAGACUUCCCAACAAGAUUCACAUGCAGCUAAUUAAGGAGAAGAAAGCGGCUUAAUUAGCAAAAUCAUGAUGCUCAGCUGUUGAGAGGGAACAGAAAGAAUCCAGCCUCGGGGGUCAUCUGGAAGUGAGAGAGCCCUGUUGCCAUCAGUGUGGGUUUCCGGGCUGUGUCUGCUGUUGCAAAGGCUUUUAAAGAUGCUCAUUAAAAACAGACCUCCUUGUUCUCUCUGCUUUAUUUCACUUAGAAGGAAGAAGACAUCCUUCAUGGGAGGCUGCUCUGCCCCUACUUUGACCAGGUAGGUAGCAGGCCUGUUUCUCCGUUCGUGGCAGAGGCCUCUGAGCUAGGUCAGUGGGUGUUUCCACAUGUGCCUCAACCCCAUGCACUCCCUGCCCCUCCAGGCCACUCACUCCCAGAGCCAAGACCAGACAAAAGAGCAGGGGUGGGGAAUCCUGAGAGGAACACAGCUGGUCGUAGUUGUACUCAAGCAGAGUCCACGCUUCCAAGGUGGCUUUUGUUUUUUAUCUUACCUCCGGGGUUGCUGUACAAAGUGUACAGGUGAUGAUUAACUUUUAUUUCCAUAGAAGCAAUAGUCAGAGGAAUUGGGUUGGGUGGACGGCAAGAGCGAAUGAGAUUAGACACAGAAAACCCAUUCAGGGCCAUGAAUAUUGUGAAAUAAGAGCCCCAUGGGUGACUCAGAGGUGGUGGACUUUGUUCUUGAGGAUUUUUAGGAACAAGCUGCCCAUCCAUUUGAUUUUCAGCUUAGAGGCAGGAGAGUGGGCCAGUUGGCCUGGUGAAGUCUUUUCCAGGCCUAGGAGGCAUGGAAGUCUUGCAUGUGUGUGUGUCCUACCUCUCUGGCCUCCACAACUCACUGGCUCCACUGUAGGGAGGACCUCUCACCUGUGUGUCACUUGUCAACUUCACUAUGGCAACAGAAGCAACAAAUAAUACAGACCAAGUGGGGGCUGUAUUAUUUUUAUUUCCCUUUUGUCUCUGCUGUCUUGUUCCCAGCUACCAUCAUCUGCAGUAGUAGAAAGGGCAACAAAAUGGGGCAUUUAGAGAACUAUUAAAGCUACGCAUAGUAAGCUAUGGGGUAGGAACCUGAGGAGUUAUUUUAAGUGCUUUC